AUGGCAGACCAAUAUGAUCCUAAAUUCGGCCUGUCACCGAAGGCUGGAAUUGAGGGACCAGCGCGCAUUAAAGCAAUAUAUCUUCAUCCUAUCAAGUCUUGCGGGCCUGUCGAGGUGGAUCGAGCCUUGCUCACUAAGACUGGCUUUAUGUACGAUAGAUGUUUUGCAUUUGCAACGGAAACUGUCAACAACGAAAACCCCACGGCCUCAAAAUUGCGAUUUAUCAGCCAGCGCAAGAAACCAGCCAUGUCCCAGAUCAAGACAGAGUUAUGGCUCCCUCAUAAGUACAGCAAUUCACAUGACCCGCUAGUGCAGUCAGGUGGGUGUGUGGUCGUGACAUUCGAAGACCCAGACCUACCAAGUUGGUCCAAUCGGGUUGAGACAUUUUUCCAUACAUGGAAUCCCUUCGCACGACCACAACUAUCAUUCAUUGUACCUCUUCAUAUCACGGCCGCCCAGACGGAGGAUUUCCAGGCAAAGAUGAAAACGUUCGGCAUCCAUCAUCGUGAUGCGAAGGGCCUCGACAUUAGCGGAAUCCCUUCUAUUGCAGCUGCUUUGCCCAAGCUAAAGAAGUUUUUGGGGAUACCGGGAGACCAAAGCCUCACGCUUUUCAAAUGUACGCCGGAUACCUUGAGCCGUACGGAUAAGAACCUUGCGCCACUUAAAUACAUUGGUUCGCCGGCCCUGCAUGGCUAUACGGAUCAGCAACCUAUCAACAUCAACAGUUUGUCCUCGGUUCAUGCUGUGUCCGCGCACCUUCCCACUGAAAACCAGCCGCUGAAUGCCCUUCGUUUCCGUGCAAACAUAUGGAUUACCAAUUCUCCGGCAUACGAAGAAGAGACUUGGAAACGCUACUGCAUCCUGCAAAAGAGUGGCGGCACUGGGCCUCGAGCUAGUGUUGCGCCGGCAUUCUCUGUUGUUUGUCGUACAUCUCGAUGCACGAUUCCUAACGUCAACCCGGAGACUGGCACCUUUGAUGCAGAUAACCCGCCUCCUCAGAAAAAAAGAGGCAAACCACAGCCAAGCACAACCUUGGUGCAGUACCGUACGGUCGAGAUGGGAAACAAAGCGGCACUCGGCUAUCUAGGCAUGCAUUGUGUUCCUGAGGAUUGGAGCUUGAAGAGGGCCGAAGAGCAGGAAGCAGGAUUAUAUAUUGAAGUCGGCGAUGAAAUUGAGGUACUGGAACGAGGGGAGCAUCUUUAUGGGUCGACGGGUGACGACUAUUAG